AGCAUGGAGCGAUAUGACGUGGAUGGCUGCAGGAUUGCGCUAGAACGUCCCCCCUGGCCACGCUAGAAGGUCUGGAAGGAUAGGGCAGGACAAUGUAGUUCGUCUUGCAGAGAGAAAUGGUUCCUGAAUAUAUUUGUAUAUAAGGUCCAGAGGUACUUCACUAUUUUGAUAUCUCAUACUCAUUCGCCACAUCUUCUCCUCAUUGUCCAAUCUAGUCAUUGCAACUGCAAUUGCAACUACAAUCCAUCACUCUUCAACACAUAUUCUACCAUCAUCCUCAUAACAAAUAUAUCAACCAUGGCUGAUAGUACGCCGGAAAGACAUAUCGGCGAGGAACUCUCCCGCACCGAAACGAAGCAAACACUGACCAACCUGGGUUUGUCGCCUAUACCUCCCCCCUUGGACUACAAUUACCCCGAGGUUGGCCGCGAGACCGAUCCCGUCUUCCCUGAAGAGUACACUCUCGAGACCGCGACAGGUCUGGUGCCCGAACGCACCUUGGAACAGAUCCGAUCGCGGGAAUCAGUGGCCAGUAGACACAGCUCGAGGCGAGAAUCCGAUUUGGAAAAGUCGGAGCUGCCGUCCGAGUUUGUGACAUUCACCAUCAAUGACCCCGAAAACCCCCAAAACUGGUCGAGGGUAUACCGGUGGUACCUCACCAUCGUGGCCUCCAUGCUCGUCGUCUGUAUAGCCUUCGGCUCUUCCAACGUCACUGGUGGUCUCGGUCUGAUUCAGGAGAAAUACCAUGUCUCCCUCGAGGUCGCUAUUCUGACUUGCUCCAUCAUGGUCCUGGGUUUCGCAGUCGGUCCCCUACUAUGGUCGCCCUUAUCAGAGAUCAUCGGUCGACAACCCGUAUACAUCAUCUCAAUGCUUCUCUACACCAUCUUCAACAUCCCCUGUGCGCUCUCGCCCAACAUUGGCGGCCUCUUGGUGUGCAGGUUCCUCUGUGGUGUCUUCUCCAGUUCUGGUCUGUCCCUCGCUGGUGGAACCAUUGCUGAUAUCUGGAACAUCAAGGACCGCGGAAUGGCUAUUGCCUACUUCGCUGCCGCACCAUACUGCGGACCGGUCCUGGGCCCCAUCGUCUGUGGCUGGAUCAACGUGGGCACUCACCGUCUGGACCUCUUCUUCUGGGUCAACCUUGCCUUUGCCGGAGCCAUGCUCGUCCUUGUCGGCGCCAUUCCCGAGACCUACAGCCCCGUCAUUCUCAAGCGCCGCGCAGCCAAACUCCGCAAGGAGACGGGAAACCCCAACAUCAAGACUGAGCAGGAGAAAGUCAAGUUGACCUUCGGCGACAUCGUCCGCACCAGCCUCAUCCGCCCCAUCACCAUGAUCCUCACCGAGCCCGUCCUCGACCUCAUGUGCAUGUACAUUGUGCUCAUCUACGCCAUGCUGUACGCCUUCUUCUUCGCCUACCCCGUCAUCUUCACCGAGCUCUACCACUACAACGACGGCCAGAUCGGCCUCAUGUUCAUCCCAAUCCUCAUCGGCGCGGGCUUCGCCCUCGUCGCCACCCCCUUCAUCGAGCACCACUUCGUCCGCAUCUGCGCACGCCGCGCACCGACCCCGGAAGACCGCCUCAUCGGCGCCCUCAUCGGCUCCCCCUUCAUCCCCAUCUCCCUCUUCAUCCUCGGCGCGACCUCCUACCCGCACAUCAUCUGGGUGGGCCCCGCCUCCUCGGGCAUCGCCUUCGGCUUCGGCAUGGUCCUCUGCUACUACUCCGUCAACAACUACAUCAUCGACUCGUACCAGAAGUACGCCGCGUCCGCGCUGGCCGCGAAAGUGUUCCUCAGGUCCGGCGGCGGCGCCGCCUUCCCGCUGUUCAUCACGCAGAUGUAUCACCGACUCGGGCUGCAGUGGGCGUCGUGGCUGUUGGCGUUCAUCGGCGUGGGCAUGGUGUUCAUCCCGUAUGCGUUUUACUUCUUCGGAAAGGUGCUCAGGGCGAGGUUGAAUGGGAGUAAUAAGGCGUAGGAUGGCGAUGUAAGGGGGUGAGUGGGUGGGUGAAGGGAACGAGUGAGAGGUGCAUGGCGCGCUCAUGCAAGUUGUUUUGUUUCAUUGCAUUGUAAUCAUAUAUGGGGGGUUGGUAUGUUGUUUUCAACUUGGGCGUUUCGUAAGAUGGCAGGCGGGCGAAAAGUAUAGCAUUUGCAUUGG